UCAAAUCAAAUUUGAUUAUUGUUAUCUUUUCAAUAAUUUAUAACAUUAAAAGAAAAGAAUUAAAACACUAGCAAAGCAAAGACUUGUUCAACAUUUUAAAGUUAAGAAUGUUUUAUAAACAAUUAUUAAAUUGAAUAUAAAAUGACUGCGCAAAACCCUAUAGUUAAAAAUGUCCUUCAUACAGGGCAAAAGUAUAUUCCUAUCGCAGACGGCAGUAAGGCGCAUUUCCAUUUUCAAACAUGGAAAUUAGGAAAAGAAAGGAUACUGAUCGACGACAGUAAAAAGAUUGGCAAAAAGGAACCGAUGGUUUUAGUUAUAGGUCAUAAAUUCAAACUAGAGGUAUGGGAAACAAUAGUAAAAUUAAUGGCUGUUGGAGAAGUUGCUAGUUUUCGUGUUAAGAAAGAGCUAGUGUACAGCUACCCAUUUGUAUCAAAGACGUUGAGGGACCUGGGUCAGGAGCAGAACCAAAUAAAACACACAUGUACAAUGACAUUGCACACAGAAGGCAUUGGAUAUUCAGACCUGGAUGACUUGAUAAGGAAUCCUUGUGAUUUGGAAUUUAUUAUAGAGUUACUUAAAGUCGAGAGAUCAGAUGAAUAUGAAAAAGAAGUAUGGCAACUUGAUAUAAAACAAAGGUUAGAAUUAAUACCAACAUUGAAAGAAAAAGGCAAUAAACUAUAUGCAGAAAAGAAAUUUACAGAAGCAGAAGAUGCAUAUAGUCAAGCGAUAGCAAUCUGUGAGCAACUUAUGAUAAGGGAAAGGAAGACUGAUGAAGAAUGGAUAACCUUAAAUAAAAUUAAACUGCCAAUUCUACUUAAUUAUGCACAGGUUAAGCUAGUCCAAGAAGAUUUUUAUGCUGUUAUUGAACAUUGUAAUACUGUUUUGGAAUAUGAUAAAGAUAAUGAAAAAGCUUUAUACAGACGUGCCAAAGCUCAUGUUGGAGCAUGGAACCCAGAUCAGGCUGAAGAAGAUUUUAAACGUUUAAAAGCUGUCAAUCCCACCGUAGGUACAAUUGUAGAUAAAGAAUUAGAAGCCAUAAAGAAGCUACGGAAAGAAAAAGCAGAACAAGAUAAAGAUGCAUUAAAAAACCUAUUUUUAAAAGAGAAUGAAGGAAUAUAAUGUUUGAUAUUGUUAUUAAUAGAGUACAUUUAUCCAUUAACUAUUUAUGUUUUAAACUGGUGCAGAAAAUCCAUUAAUUUUCAUAAUUCUAGAAAAAAAUUCGUAAGGAAUCCAUCCAUAGAGAUCUAUUGCAUUUGAAAUAUUCAAAUAUACCAAUUAUUUAUAUUCAAUACAAUGAGCUCAUGUUUGAAAUAGGAAUUUACGUGUAAUAAUACGGUUGUGAUUCAAUCAUUCUUAUUCUGUUCAUUUAUACAUCAAGAUGGUGGAAAGAAACUUGGAUUUUUUUUAAUAUGGAAUAGCGAUUACUGCGAUAUAGAGCAGCUAUCUUUAACUAAAAUGCCAGGCUAAUACUUACCAUAUUACUUAUGAACAAUAAAACGCUUACUAAUUUUAACCAAAAGAAAUAUGAAGAUUGACUGUAUAUUGAACUUUC